AUGGCCGCCAUCCUCAACGGCCUCUUCGGAGGCUCCAAGCCUUCUGCAUCUCCAAUUCCCAGCGGUGAUUCCGACUUUGCAGACUUCGCCGGUGCUGCUGAUCCGUCGCCCGUGCCCAGCGCCUUCACAGCUGCCCCUGGCGGCACGACUCUCGGCGGCGCGCCCGAGGCUACGGGACGUCCCUUCACGAAGUGGUACAACAUCCACGAGCGCCACUCCCUCAGCGAGUUCAAGCUCGAGGGCGCCAUCCUCGCCGUCAGCGCCGUCAUUUUUCUCCUCCACAUCAUUGGCUCGCGCCUCAACCGCAAGAAGGCCAAGUCUUGGGCCACCGCCCACGCGCCGGUGCUCAAGUCCGAGUUCGCCUCCGUCGGCUUCUCCCCGCGUUCCACGACCGACACCGACCCCAAAGACCCUACGGGUCUGCUGCGCGAGAAGUCUCUCUUCGAGUUUGCCAGCUACGGAACCGGUCGCCAGAAUGUCGCCUUCAUGGACGUCAAGUUGACGCUAACCAAGCGCUUCAACCCGUUCCUCAGCAUCAUCGAGGCAGUCACCAGCUUCUUCAUGGAUACCGUUGAGGCCCCUCACGACUCUGUCGAAGCUGUCAUCUACCCCUUUGACGGCAAGGAGAGCCUCACUGUUCCCGCGAUCCCCGGCACCCACGAGCUGCGCAGCAAGGAGAACAAGAGCACAUACGAUAACUUUGUCUGGGCCAUCGUCUCCAAGGAGCGCAUGAAGCAGGUUCGCGACGAUCGCUACGACGUCUCCAUCACCUUCACCAAGGACAAUGCCAAGCUUCCCAACUGGGUCACCGUCAUGAGCGAGAGCGCCGAGAUCACCGAGCAGCUGUUGACCCCUGAGCUUAUCAAGGCCAUUGAGGCUGCCGGCGAUGCGUUUGACUACCUGAUCGUCUCUGACCAGCCCAUCGAGCGUCCCAGCACCAUCGAGGAGACCACCCCCCGCAAGCGCGUCUUCCUCCGCUACCGCAUCCCCUCAAGCAACAACUACGAAUCUCUGUUGCCCCUAUUCGAAUACUUUGUCCGCAUUCCCGACGCCCUCGUCUCGGGUGCGCACUUCCGCCCCGAGGUCCUGCGAAAGGUCCGCAGCGUGCGCGAGGAGACCAUCGCCCAGCUCAAGAAGGCUGCCGAGGCUGAGAAGGCCGAGGAGCGUACCCUCGAGCGCGAGAAGCAGAAGAAGGCUAAGCGCGAUGCUGAGCUCAGCGCUCUGGACGCCAAGGCCCAGAAGAAGUACCUCGAGAGGGAGCGUGAGCGCGACCUCAAGAAGAGCAUGAAGAAGCAGACCAUGCGCGGUUAA